AUGAAGUCGCUCGCUGGCGCCGUCGCGCUCAUGUUGGGCAUCCUUGCCCCGACCAUCACGGCCGCGCCCCCUGCCACUCUAGCUCAGAGGGAUCUUCUCACCCCUCUCGAGGGCAGGCAGGACGCGGCAGGUCUGCCGAGCUGCAACACGCCGUCUAACCGGGCCUGCUGGACAACAGGGUUUGACAUCAACACGGACUAUGAACUGAAGACCCCCACCACGAAUGUCACUCGGAAGUACACCCUGGUGCUGACCGAGGCUACCAACUGGAAGGGCCCAGACGGUUUCGUCAAGGAAAGGGUGAUGCUGGUCAACAGUCCGACCAUCUUCGCUGACUGGGGCGACAAUCUUGAAAUCACGGUCAUCAACAACCUUCAGACCAACGGCACCUCGAUCCACUGGCACGGCCUGCGCCAACUCAACAACAACCUGAACGACGGUGUCAACGGCGUCACCGAGUGUCCCAUCCCGCCCAAGGGCGGAAAGAAGCUGUACAGGUUCCGGGCGGUGCAGUACGGCACCACCUGGUACCACUCGCACUUCUCGGCCCAGUACGGCAACGGCGUGGUCGGCGGGAUCCAGAUCAACGGGCCGGCGUCGCUGCCGUACGACAUCGACCUGGGCGUGUUCCCCAUCACGGACUGGUACAACCUGACGGCGGACCAGCUGGUGCUCUACACCCAGAACAACGGCCCGCCGUUCAGCGACAACGUGCUCUUCAACGGAACCGCCGUGCACCCCUUCACGGGCGAGGGCAAGUACGCCAACGUGACGCUGACGCCGGGCAAGCGGCACCGGCUGCGGCUGAUCAACACGUCGGUCGAGAACCACUUCCAGGUCUCGCUCGUCAACCACACCAUGACCAUCAUCGCGGCCGACCUGGUGCCCGUCAACGCGCUGACGGUCGACAGCCUGUUCCUGGGCGUCGGCCAGCGGUACGACGUGACCAUCGACGCGUCGCGCACCCCGGGCAACUACUGGUUCAACGUGACGUACGGCGGCUCCAACCUGUGCGGCGGCUCCAACAACAAGUUCCCGGCCGCCAUCUUCCACUACGCCGGCGCCCCCGGCGGCCUGCCCACCGACCCGGGCGUCGCCCCCGUCGACCACAACUGCCUCGACAAUAUGGACCUGACCCCCGUCGUCAAGCGCAGCGUCCCGGCCAACAGCUUCGUCAAGAAGCCCGAGAACACGCUCGACGUCCACCUCGACACCACCGGCACCCCGCUGUUCGUCUGGAAGGUCAACGGCAGCGCCAUCAACAUCGACUGGAACAACCCCGUCGACGACUACGUCAUGAAGGGCAACUUGUCCUUCCCGACCGCCGAUAACAUUGUCGAGGUCGACGCGGCUGACCAGUGGACGUACUGGCUCAUCGAGAACGACCCGGAAGCCGUCAUCAGCCUGCCGCACCCGAUGCACCUCCACGGCCACGACUUCCUCGUGCUGGGCAAGUCCCCCGUCUCCCCACCCGGCGCGCAGGUGGCCUACACGUUCGACCCGAGCACGGACCUGGCGCGGCUGGUGGGGACCAACCCGGUGCGGCGGGACGUGACGAUGCUGCCGGCCAAGGGGUGGCUGCUGCUGGCGUUCAAGACGGACAACCCGGGCGCCUGGCUGCUGCACUGCCACAUCGCGUGGCACGUGUCGGGCGGGCUGAGCGUGGUGUUCCUGGAGCGCGCGAGCGACCUGCGCGCGCAGCUCAACGGCGCCGCCGCCGCCGCCGACAAGGCCGAGUUCGAGCGCGUCUGCGCCGCCUGGCGCGACUACUACCCCGCCAACGACCCGUUCCACAAGGUCGACUCCGGGUUGAAGCAGCGGUUUGUGGAGGUCAGCGAGUGGUUGAUUCGUUGA